AGCCUGAGCAUAAGGGUGCAGCAUGCUGCCUGGCUCCUACUCCUGUUCCAGCCUCCGGUGCAGUAGCAGCAGCAGCAGCAGCAGUGCUCGGGCCAAGGGUGCAGGGCCAAAAGGGGACCACGAGGAAGAGGAGGAGGGAACGCUAUGGCUCUCCUACGAAGCAGCGGCUGCAGCGGCGGUUCUCUCUGUCUCUUGGUUCUGGCGGUGGCAUGCCUACUGCAGCGUGCCCAGGUGAAAAAGCCAGUCCGAUGCCCUGCCACAUGCAGCUGCACCAAAGAAUCCAUCAUUUGUGUGGGAUCCCCUGGUGUGCCGCGAAUCAUCCCCAGCGACAUCAGCUCCUUGAGCCUGGUAAAUGGAACCUUUUCUGAAAUCAAGGACAGAAUGUUUGCCCAUCUGCCCUGCCUGCAGCUGCUCUUGCUGAACUCUAACUCAUUUACUAUCAUACGAGAUGAUGCCUUUGCUGGUCUCUUCCACCUAGAGUACCUAUUUAUUGAAGGAAACAAAAUAGAAACCAUUUCAAGAAAUGCAUUCCGUGGCCUUCGCGAUCUGACUCACCUUUCUUUGGCUAAUAACAACAUUAAAGCUCUGCCAAGGGACAUCUUCAGUGAUUUAGAUUCUCUGAUUGAAUUAGAUUUAAGGGGAAAUAAAUUUGAGUGUGACUGCAAAGCCAAGUGGUUGUUUUUGUGGUUAAAGAUGACAAAUUCCACUGUUUCUGAUGUCCUGUGUAUUGGUCCAGCAGAAUACCAGGAUAAGAAGUUAAAUGAUGUCACAAGUUUUGAUUAUGAAUGCACCACUACAGAUUUUGUUGUUCAUCAGAUUUUGCCAUACCACUCAGUUUCAGUGGACACAUUCAACUCUAAGAACGAUGUGUAUGUAGCCAUUGCACAGCCUAGCAUGGAGAACUGCAUGGUACUGGAAUGGGAUCACAUUGAAAUGAAUUUCAGAAGUUAUGACAACAUCACAGGUCAGUCCAUUGUGGGAUGCAAAGCAAUCCUGAUCGAUGACCAGGUCUUUGUGGUGGUGGCACAGCUCUUCGGUGGCUCACACAUCUACAAGUAUGAUGAAAGCUGGACAAAGUUUGUCAAAUUCCAGGACAUAGAAGUGUCUCGCAUUUCCAAGCCAAAUGAUAUAGAGCUGUUUCAGAUAGACAGCGAAAAGUUUUUUGUCAUAGCAGAUAGCUCUAAAGCUGGUCUGUCAACCGUUUAUAAAUGGAAUAACAAAGGAUUCUACUCUUACCAGUCCCUGCAUGAGUGGUUCAGGGACACAGAUGCUGAGUUUGUUGAUAUAGAUGGAAAAUCUCAUUUAAUCCUGUCAAGCCGCUCACAAGUUCCCAUUAUACUUCAGUGGAACAAAAAUUCAAAAAAGUUUGUCCCACACAGUGAAAUCCCCAACAUGGAGGAUGUCUUGGCUGUGAAGAGCUUCAGGAUGCAAAACAGCCUCUACAUUACGCUCACAAGGUUUAUUGGUGACUCCAGAGUCAUGAAGUGGAAUAGCAAGCAGUUUGUGGAGAUACAGGCUCUCCCGUCUCGAGGGGCAAUGACACUGCAGCCUUUCUCCUUUAAGAAUAAUCACUACCUAGCUCUAGGAAGUGACUACACCUUCUCCCAGAUAUACCAGUGGGAUAACGAGAAGAACCUCUUUAGAAUAUUUAAAGAAAUCUAUGUGCAGGCACCUCGUUCUUUCACAGCUGUGUCAACGGAUCGAAGAGAUUUUUUCUUUGCUUCCAGUUUUAAAGGAAACACACAGAUAUUUGAACAUAUAAUUGUUGACUUGAGUUUAUGAAGGCUGUUGGAGUGAAUCUCAUGUACAAUGAGACAUUUUCACUUAUCAGAAACAACAACAAAAAGACAGAUUAUUCAUCUCCAAAAAUAGGGCGCACUUGUGGAACUAGUAAGAAGUUUUCUGAACUUUUAGAAUUUGCAUAUUAACCAGGGAUUGCAAUGACUUGGUUAACUGCAUGACAUGUCCAUUUUAGCAUUUUUAAAGACAUUUUACACCUUUAAUUAUUCAGAGGAGUGUGCAAUGGAUUAGGAUUAAUUCUGAUAUCUAAAACAGCUAUGUGAAUUUUACCUAAGAAAUUGAAUUAGAUUGGACACCUCAUAGAAACAAGAGAGGAGAAAAAACAAUGUCAAACAUGGAAACUAUUCUUUCCUCUAAACCUAACAUUUCAGUAAUGAUACUUAAGAGUAAAGUCAACUGCCCAUAUUUGUUGAUGAAUUGUAUAAAUUGACAUCAACCUUCAAAAACAUUUUUUGGUCAUCUUGGUUCCUUGUGAUUGAUGGGCAGCAUCUCUUUGUUCUUUAUAAUAAAACAAAGGUUUUAAUUCAUAUUGAUACUAGAUGAGAGGGAAAGUUAAAAAUUCUUUGACAUCUUCCUGUUGAUUUCAGAGAGAAAGCAUGGAUUUAAAAAAAAAAAAUCACUGUGGGUGACUGGAUGGCAAUGAAAUAAAGGGCCUUUCGCUUCUAGAUAAUGGGUUCCCUACAGCUUCAGGUCAAUAGUAACUGAAAGUGGCUGAUAGUUGUUUCCUGGCAUAUCUGAACUCAGCUGGUCUUAGUUCAAUUUGUAGCUCGUAAGUAUCUGUUUCACAAAUACAAACGCUCUAACUGGCACUAACUCACACCUCUACUGGUAGUCUCAGUAGUGUGCCAAGGAUUUUAAUGAGUAUGGAAACUGAACUACUCUCUCACCCUUAGGCCUGGUUUACACUACAAGGUUAAGUUGGCCUAAAUUAUACAACUCCAACAACGUGAAUAAUGUAGCUGGAGUCAACAUAGCUUAGGUCGACUUAUUGCUGUGUCUACACCAUGCUGGGUCGACGGGAGAAACUCUCACAUCGACUUAUUUUAUGCUUCUUGUUCCGGUGGAGUACUGGAGUCGACGGGAGAGUGAUCUGCAGUUGAUUUAGCGGGUCUUCACUAGACCCAUUAAAUCAACCCCUGGUGGAUCAAUUGCCGCAGCAUCGACCCCUGGUAAGUGCAGACAUACCAUUAGAGGAGGUCCUGCUUAACCUAGAUUGAACAUACUUAUGGAUCAGUGCAGGGAAGCCUGUAUUGGUGUUGCCUGUGCUGGAGCUGUUGCAUACAUAAAGAGAGCAUUUCAUUCCAUAAAGUUCUUCAUCUCCUAAAUUAGAUUUCUGAAAACUGCAAGCUGUAUUUUGGGUGAUUCUCCCACCAUGUGAAAGCCAUAGUCUCCUCUGGUAUGACCAUGUCCACUGAAGUCAACGGAGUUGUAGCUGCCUCAGAUUAGUGCUAAUGUUAGCAAUAAAAGUACAGUGCUAGCUAAGAAUUUUCACUUAGAUCACCCCACGCUAUCCAACUGACAAAAGGCUCUGGGAGCUCUAUUGGAUACAGAACCAAACCAUAUUUAGCAGUCUUUUAAAUUCAUUUUUGGGUGAAUGCAGGCGAUAAUGCUUAUUCAUCAUCACAAAUAGGUCAGUCGUUCCAUGCAUAGUUACUCUUCCAAGAUGACAGAGAGGGACUGUGCGUUCAGUCACAUGAACAGAGCCUUAUGAUGGAGGGCUGUCUCUCUACAUGCUUUUGAGACAGUUAUAUUAUAGCAGAGUCCUUCUCUGACUCACCACUACAUAUGUCACUUUACAUUUUCAUCUUGGAUUCACAUAUUAAAUUUUCUACUUUAUCAUGAGACUUUCUGUUGCACGCUAUGCAAUUUAUAAGGCUUUGUAAAGUAAGCUGAACAAAUGAAACAGGUCAAUAUCCUUCCCCAGGCAAGGUUAUCACAGCCUCACUGCUCUGACUGAGCCUAACAUUUCUCAUCCUGGAUAAGUAGCAACGUGCCCAGUUAUUACAAAUGUAAAUGUCUCUUGCUGACUCCUGGUUUAAAGAUGCCCAGCAUGUAAGCAAUACCGCAUGAGCGGAUUAGGAUGUGACAACUCCUCUCCUUGAAAUAAUAAUCCAUCCAUGACUUGAAGUGCCAUUGCUUUCAUUGAAAAUGUUCUAGAUCAUAUGAAAUCAAAACAUUACUGGCCUGCCAAAAAAAUAGUUCAUAUUAUUGACAUUUGUAAAUUUCAUUUAAGAAUAUUUUCCACUUAGCUGAUAAUCCCAGGUUUUAUUUUAUCUAAAUAUAGAAGAUGUGGAGAGGCUUUAAGUGAUCCUGUCUUCUGAGGUACUGCGCUCCGACUGCACGGUGCUAAUAGUCCUCAAUUCCCAUUGAUUUCAGUCAGAGCUGAGGGUAUGAUUGGGCCCUUUGUUGCUAAAGGCAGAUCUUUUGUAGUUGUAUUAAUAGCUCUUCUAGGACUAAACUAAUGGGUCCUAUGUGACUAAGAUAUGAUAACCACAUGGCUGACAGCCAACCACAUUUCUUCCAUUAUUCCAGCUUGCUUUAUGAAGCCUUAUCGAUUAAAGAUGCACCUGUACUGGUACAGCCACAAUGUAGAUGGCUCUUUAAAUUUGGGAGCUGUCAGAAAACAUUGUACACAAUGUAGCUGCUCUGCAAUAUGUAUCCAGUACGAAAAUGUAAAUACAUUUUUGUUUUCUGUCCAAGAGGAUCAUUUCCCAGUGUGCUAACUCUUUCUUUCAGGGAUCAUUGCCAGUGUUGUAUACAUAACCAGCCUUUUUGAGCACAGUCUGUAUCACGCAUUUGGGAAGAACCAUAAAUGAGAAAACUUACAGGCAAUAAAAAUGAAUCCUGAAACCCACAACCUGACUUUAAGAGAGAUGAUGGUGGUCAGGAAUCCCCCCCUCCCCGCAAUGGCAAGAGAUUAUAUUUUUUGGGGGGGUGGGGUGUACUCACUUGUGAGUAAGGAAGAGGAUUUCAGGCUCAACUAUCAGGGUCAGUGAAAUUAACAUUGUCCUAUUAUUACAACCAUGGCUACAGAGACAAAGUGAUCUACAGAGGCUAGCUCAUUCCCAUGGGACCUGAAGAACUGAUGAAAACAGAUUAUUUGGCUAGACUGAUGUUUCUGCUGAAUAGGUUGGUUGCCCAGAGAGCUGAGAUCAUCAGCCUUUUCACAGCUUCUGCAGUGAGUGUGUAGUUGGAAGGUGGCCUACCUUUUCUGCUGAAUAGUGUCUAAAGGUGUAGUUAGAUCAAAGGAACUAGGAGGGAGGUUGAAGGGAAAUAAGUGAAUGAAGAAAAGGGAUCACAUUAAGCCUCCCAUUGUUAAAUAAAUUAGUAUCUGGGAAGGAUCCUUGAAAUUCCUAGUCUCCACUGUUCCUGCUUCAAGGAGCUGAUCUAUAACACAAUUGUAAAAACUGAAAUUAAAAAAGGGGGUAAAAGGAGGUGUUGGAUUUUGUUGUGAAAGUAACCAAGCAUCUAAAACAUAAAGUGCAAAUCUUCAAUAAAAUAAACUACAAGUUUUCUUCUGUCUAUCCAAAUACAGCUACUAUAUUAUCUCCAUUGCCUAUAUUCUGUAAUAUAACUUUGUUUUUGAGUAGUAAAUAAAUUACACAUACCCCAUCAUUUCACUGAGACUAUCAGAAACAUCGGGAAAGUACAAGGACACUGGCAAAGGAUAACACAACAUACCAUUUGGUAUCGUUUUUAUGUAUUUUAAAAUGCAUAAACUUAUGUAAAAUGCAGUAAUUUAUAUAAAAUACAUUUAAUACGGUAUGCAGGCUACAAUGGAAGAGUAUUUUAAGGCUGUAUAUACAUUUAGUUCUUUUUGGUAAGGAGAUAAUGACAAUCUGUGCUAUUAAUACACAUAUGUACUCUUUAAUUAUAUGAAUAAAAAGUAGUUAAUGAGACAAAUAAUGAUGCACUUUGUAUGUUAAAAUGACGGGGGUUUUGCUCAGAAAGUUGAAGCACCCAGUAUGAGGUGGUGAGGUAACAAUGUCCCAGCUUGAUUUUUCAAGAAAUAUUUACAACAAAACACUGGAGUUCUUCAGGCUUCAGUGAUAAUAGAGCCCACAUCUUGUAGGCCUGGAUGGAGCCCUAGGCAUGGCUAAAAGUAUGAACCACAGUAAGGCUGUGAACCAAAGUAGGCCUUGUUAGAAUAGUAAGCAUUAGGUAUCAGCUAACAAACCUAAACAUAUUACUAAGAGAAUGGUACAGGAACACACAGCCCCUUGCAAAAUAAAGAUGGAAUGAUAGGAUAAUAAAUGAGGCUGUUUUGUUUGACAAUCAGGUACAAGGAUGGCAACUGAUAACAUCUGAAAUGUAAUACAUAACUUGUUUGUAUCAAUGUAGAAAAGGAGAGUGGUAGGAGGGGCAGCUUUAUAUUGGCCUACGGGUCAAUACUGCGUUGAUUGAGCUGAUACAUUGUUACCAACAUACAUGGGUUAGUGUACAUGUGACUGGCUGGAUGGGGUACUGAGACCGUGCCUUAUUGACAAUAAACCUGGCCGAGCCUUAGCCACAGAACUGAGCCUGUGGUCUUUCUUUAUGAUUAACAUCAACGUUUGCUGAAUCUGCAAUGUAUGCCAGUGCAGAAACACCAGAUCUCCUGCAAGACAGCAUGGGAGUGACAUCCUACAUGUGUGAUUCAGUAACCUCAACUCUCCUUGUGUCAGCUGCAGAGCAAAGAAUCUUUUGUCUCUUCUCUACUACUACCAAACAUUAAGGACAAGCCAGCCCUUGUGUCCAUAUGUGCAGCUGGUCCACAAUGACAACGUACUAAUGACUAAACUGAGUGUGUGCUAAAAGAACCAUGGGAAAGGGCUGAGAAAUUGACACGGACCCAGAAGCCAGUAGCUCUUUAAAUAAAGAUUUGCUUCUUGCUUAUGUCUGAAUGAAAGCACGGUGCUAAGAAGCAUGUAACAGACCCUACAUUAGAGUCUUAUCAAGGGAGGCAUGUUGACCAGAUGAUAGGUAGUAGCUAUGGCUCCCAAAAGUAAUGGUGGAAACGCUACCACUUAAAAUAUUUAAAACAAGAAUGGAGAAAGCAAUAUAUCUUGUACCAUCAAGGGGACACACUAGCUGACCUAACAAAUCUUUUCCAUCUCUGAUUUCUAUUAUUCACUCUGUGCAGAAAGAUCCAGUGUUGUAUUUUGGCUGCAGUAAUGAAAAAUGAGUAGACUUACGGUGCUUUAUUUAUUCAGCUCUCUUGUUCUCUCUCUCAUCUUGCUGUUCUCUUGUUCCUUCACACGCUUUCCUCACACCCACCCUAGUGUUAUCACAUGUAUAUUGCAGCUACUAUUUCCUGAUCAAUUCAGUUAGCAUUAAAUGUAACUCCUCUUCUGUCUUUGAAAAAAUAAAAAAAAUCUGAACUUUCAAACUGUAAAAUAGUUAAGUAGACUUUAUACAUUUAUAAUUAAGAGGUAUAGUAGUAAUCAAACUCUAAAAUAACCUUAUGGGUGUUUGUAUCUGAAACUGAC